AUGGUGAAGCAAAUUGUCCGCCUGCUAUCUCCUCUUCCACAGACAAAAGAUAGAGGGUUACUCUCGCGGGUAGCAACCACUGUAAAUGUCCCAAAAGGACACUUCACAGUUUACGUAGGGGAGAUGGAACAGAAGCGGUUUGUGGUUCCUAUUUCCUACUUGAAGCAUCCUCAGUUCCAAGACUUGUUGAGUUGGGCGGCCGAAGAGUUUGGGUUUGAUCAUCCAAUGGGUGGUGGUCUUAUCAUCCCAUGCAACGCAGAUGAUUUUGUUGAUCUAGUUUCCCGUCUCAAUGCCUCAUAG